AUGUCGAAGCUUAAUAUUGACAACCUGAAGAAGGGCAUCGCCGGAAUCCUUGAAGGCAGCAAGGAGAAGCAGCGCAAGUUCCUUGAGACAGUCGAGCUGCAGAUUGGCCUGAAGGAUUACGACACCCAGCGUGACAAGCGCUUUGCAGGCACCAUCAAGCUUCCACACGUCCCGCGACCGCGCUUGAAGGUGUGUGUACUUGGUGACGCCGUGCACUGUGAGCAGGCUCAACGCGCCAACAUUCCCUUCAAGAGUGUGGAGGAUCUGAAAAAGUUGAACAAGAACAAGAAAAUGGUCAAAAAGCUGGCUGACAGCUUUGAUGCCUUCCUGGCUUCUCAGGUGUUGAUUCCACAGAUCCCCAGGUUGUUGGGCCCUGGCUUGAACAAGGCAGGCAAGUUCCCGACUCUGGUGCAGCACUCGGACAACCUGGAGACCAAGGUCACGGAGGUCAGGAGCCAGGUGAAGUUCCAGCUGAAGAAGGUGCUGUGCAUGGGCGUCGCAGUGGGCAACGUCGCCAUGACUCCAGAUGAGCUGAGGCAGAACUGCCUCAUGGCUAUCAAUUUCUUGGUAUCGCUGCUCAAGAAGAACUGGAACAACGUGAAACGCCUACACAUCAAGAGCACGAUGGGCAAGCCCUUCACAAUCUAUGGCUGA